AGUCCAGAUCACGAGCCACAACAGAACGUCACCGCCCGCCCGUUCGGCCUUGCCUGGGCCUCUUCUUCCCGCCUCCCAACACCUCUUCUUGCUUCCGCUCUCCAGCUUCGCAUACCCUCGCGACCCGUCCCUCAUACAGGCUACGAAAGAAGAACAGCCGCUGCCCGCAAUGAAGCUUUCCGUGCUGUUGUCGACCAUAGCCUACGUCACUGCGGCUUCUGCUGCACUCGGCUGGAGCUCUUCCAACGGCGACCAGAUCCGUCUCUCAGAGGACUUGCAGGUUCCCGGUUCGAACCCACUGUUGUUCUGCGAAGAUCCAACGGACAAUAUCUUGACCAUCGACAACGUUGACUUGGAUCCCAAUCCACCAGAGGCUGGCAAGAAACUCUCGAUUGUCGCAUCGGGCACCCUACACAAAGACAUCGAGCCGGGCGCUAAAGUUCACCUGCAAGUCAAGUUCGGUCUUAUCACGCUUAUAAACCAGGAAGCGGACCUCUGCGAUCAAGUCAAGAACGUCGAAUUGGAAUGUCCACUGAAAGCGGGUGACUUGACUCUGACGAAGGAAGUCGACCUGCCGGCACAAAUACCACCUGGCAAGUAUUCAGUGCUCGCAGACGUGUACACUAAGGACAAGGAAAAGAUUACCUGCCUCACUGCCGAUGUCUGGUUUCACAGGUGAUUAAGAUGGCUCUUCUCCGGCGACACGCAGAAGAAUCAGCAUAAAGCUGACAAGGUGGAGCUUUGAAUCCUGGAUGUAAAAUUUGCAUUGUACAUCAGGCAAUAGAGUGUGCUAUUGUGAGGCGAGCGCUCUGGCGCGAGCAUUUGGGGCAUUUUAAAUCUCUUCGUUCUUCGGCGAAUGCGUGGCGUUUCAACAUGGUUUGCACUGGCAAAGGCCUUUUCUCACUUUUCUUCGCCUUCGUGGCUUCUGGGCGACGGAUUAUCCUAUUGGAAACACAUGUGCAUAGUGGGUAGCUGAAAUCCAGACGUUGCUUUGAACGCGACCACAAUAAGCGUACUAGCUCGAAUGCAUGACCGUACCUCAAGUAAGUAGGUAUGUCGCUCCUUUGCAGCUUAGAAAGACUUUGUGGAGAAAGCUGCUGUUGAGGCUGGAGCGCUCACAACUUUUAUCUUCGCGCGUGCAAAGUUAUGCUCAGAAUAGGUGACGUUUGAAUUGCAAUCUCAUUGUCGUAUUAAGUAUGGG